AUGGAAGGAAAAAAAGAAAAAGAAAAAAAAGCUAAAAUAUAUGUAAAAGGCAGCAAACAUGUUUUACCAAAUAAUAGUAAAAGUCAAACAGGGAACCAGAAUAUCAUUCAUUACGAUAAUUUAAAAUCUGAAAAUGCGUUUCAAAAAAAUAUUAUAGGUAAAAAUAAUAAUAUAAUAUCAAAAAAUGAGUCUAUUGAGGAAUAUUUAAACAACUAUAUUUAUAAAAAUGGAAUGGAAAAAUAUGAUAACGAAAAUAUGAAAGCAGAAGUUUUGCAUAGUGAAUUUAGUAACGUUCAGAAAGAAAAAAGACAGAGAAAAAAAUCGUCGAUUAUUGAAAAGAUUAAACAACAAGAAUUAAAAGCAAAACAACGAAGUUGGACACCCUUAUGUUUGAUUAUAACUUAUUUAUCUAUAUCAAUUGUUUUUAUAAUAAUAGGAUUGAUAUUUAUUAUUUUAUCAUAUAACAGAAAAGAAUGUAAAAUUCCAUAUGAUCAUAUAACUGAUGAUUCAUUAGUUAUAGAAGUUAAUGAAUCUUUUUGUAAAGGUCCCAAAAGACCAUUUAAAAUAAAUUCAUAUAUUUAUUAUGAAUUACACAAUUUUUAUCAAAAUCACAAAAAAUAUCUAAUAUCUAAAUCGCAAAAUCAAUUAAUGGGAGUUGUAUAUACAAACCCAAGUGAUAUUUCACAAUGUUUUCCAAUUAUAACAAAUAAAGAAGGAAAGAUUUUGCAUCCAUGUGGAUUAGUAGCAAGGAGUGUAUUUAAUGAUACAUUUACUUUAUAUAAAGAUGUUAAUUUAAAAGAAAAAAUAAAAAUUGAUGAAUCAAAAGAAGCUAUUAUAUGGAAUAGUGAUUAUAAUAAAUUUAAAAACCCAUCCGAAAAAGAAAUGAAUAUGUAUAAAGAAAGUGUAUAUUUUUGGUUAACAGAUAAACAAUAUGUUGAUACUUUUAAUAUGAAUGAUGAAAAUGGAUAUGGAGUCGAAAAUUCUCAUUUUAUAGUAUGGAUGAAAACAGCUGCACUUUCAAAUUUCAGAAAAAAAUAUGCAAAAUUAAAUAUUGAAUUAAGUUUGCCAAUAUAUGUUAAUAUAAAAAAUAAUUUCCCUGUUUCAAAAUUUAAUGGAAAAAAAUUUUUUGUAAUAGCAGAAGUUUCUGUAUUUGUAAAUGAAAAAUCUAAUUCCAUUGGAAUUUUAUAUUUAGUAAUUGGAAUUUUUUCUUUUUUUAUUACAUUAUGUCUUAUUUAUAAUCAAAUUACUCAGCCUCGAAUUAUGGGCCAUAUAUAA